UCCCGCGAUGCAUUGCGCGGCUGCGCUCGGACCGGCGCGCGGAGCUGCCGCUGUGUCCUCCCUUCCUUCGCCCCCCUCGCGCUUUCCUGCGGCCGCUGUUGAGUCUACGCAAACCCCCGGCUUCAAUUGCGGCCUACCCGUCUCGUCGGGAUGGCGCGGUCUGUCGUGCCCAGCUCACAGAAGGCGCUGCUACUGGAGCUCAAAGGGCUGCAGGAGGAGCCCGUGGAAGGGUUUCGGGUCAAUUUGGUGGACGAGGGGGACCUAUACAACUGGGAGGUGGCCAUCUUUGGCCCCCCCAACACCUACUACGAGGGCGGGUAUUUCAAGGCCCGUCUCCGAUUUCCCAUCGACUACCCCUAUUCUCCCCCUGCCUUCAGGUUCCUGACCAAAAUGUGGCACCCCAACAUCUAUGAGACCGGUGAUGUCUGCAUCUCCAUCCUGCACCCACCAGUGGAUGAUCCACAGAGUGGGGAGCUGCCAUCCGAGAGGUGGAACCCCACACAGAAUGUGCGGACCAUUCUUCUGAGCGUGAUCUCACUGCUGAAUGAACCCAACACGUUUUCUCCAGCCAACGUGGAUGCCUCCGUGAUGUACCGCAAGUGGAAGGAGAGCAAAGGGAAGGAUCGGGAGUACACAGACAUCAUCAGAAAGCAAGUCCUGGGAACAAAGGUGGAUGCUGAGCGCGAUGGCGUGAAGGUCCCCACCACACUGGCAGAGUACUGUGUGAAGACCAAGACUCCGGCCCCAGAUGAGGGCUCAGACCUCUUUUAUGAUGACUAUUAUGAGGAUGAUGAGAUGGAAGAGGAAGCAGACAGCUGCUAUGGUGAUGAAGAUGAUUCUGGCAAUGAGGAAUCUUGAUGGCCCUCUGGCACUGCAAAAAGUGCUGCAAACUACUGAAUUUUACCUCAACUAGGACGAACUGGUUUGAAUUUAGGAUCUGUCAGCCCUGAAAUUAACUCUACCUCACAGGGAGACUGUUCUGCUGUUGUAAAGGAAACCCCACCGCUGUCUUUGUAGGGAAAAAAACAAUGUGAAAAACAGAAACAAACCCUAUUUUAUAAACUCACUGAGUGGGGGUGGGUGGGAAUGGGAAAGUCGUGUUGGGGGCAUUUGCAAAUGCACAGAAACCAGGGAGCUUUUGCCUCUGGCUGGGUUGGUUGAGGAGUUAUGGGGAAGCUGGAGUUGACUGCCCCCUUGUUUGGACAUGAUCAGCUCUUUUUUGUGGAGGCUGUGAAGCUGGUGAGUGGUUGCUUGGGUAGGAAGCAUGUAAGAUUUGGUGUGGCUUUCUACAGCCAUUAAGCUGUCCGAAUGGGAAGGGCUGCAGGGUGGGUACAGCUGCCCCUUCCCUGGGGCAAGGCUGUCCUGCCUGGCUCAGGAUUAUCCCUUGUGGGACCCUUUUGCCCUUCCCACACUGCUAAGGCACAGGCCUGGGCUGUUUGUAGCUUUUAACUAGUUAAGGGGAUGCCAUAGUUUGGAGUCUUUCUGCUUCCGUUUGUUUUGUUUUGUUUUUUUCCUCUUUUUUGGAAACUAUUUAAUAAAGUACUUUAAGGGAACGGCUGUGUGGGUGCCUGAGGCC